UCGUUCUCAUGGCAUAAGUCGGUGUGAGAGGAGGCAAAGUGCAACUACCAAAAGGGUUAGGGCUCCUGUCAGGUUCGCAACUGAACCAGUUGACGCGAAUCGAAUCGAUUCGAAUCCGGUGGAAAGAUGUGGCACGAAGCUAGGAGAUCGGAGCGGAAGGUCCACGACAUGAUGGACGCCGCUCGAAAGCGAGCUCAACGACGUGCCGUUUUCCUGGCCAAGCGCCGCGGCGACCCCCAGCAGUCGAUCCAGGUCGUCGGCUCCCGUUGCCGCUUGUACCGCGAUGACGGCCUCUACCAAGCCGCCGAGGACCAGCAAGGCCUGAUUCCUUGGAAUGGGAAGCAGGAUGUUCUGAUCGAUAGAUUUGAUGGCCGAGCUCUGCUCGAUUUUAUUCGAGAUACCCGGCACUUGCGUGCUCAAGAAAAGUCCGAAGAAGAGGAGGAAUUAGAAGAGUUUGUUAAUUUUGAGCGUUAUCGGGAUUUAAUUAAGCAUCGUCGUAGAGGAUUUACCGAUGAUGAGGGUUUGCUACAUGUGGAUCAAGAGAUAGAGGCCAAGUUUACUGCUCCUUUUGCUCCUAAGAGCAGGUCUCAGGUGCAACAACCUUCUGCUGCUAAGGGUUCUUAUUCGCAGGUGGGGUACUCUUAUGAAGGGGAUGGAAAAGAUGAGGCCCAGUUUUCGGACCCUGAUGAUAACGAUGAAGAUGAUGACGAAGAUGAGGAUGAUGAUGAUUUCAACAGUGAUGACAGCAGUGAUGAAGGAAUGGAUAAAAUAGCAAAAGAGUUUGGCGUAAAAAGAUAUGGUUGGCUUGUUUACAUGGAUAAGAAAGCUAAGGAGGAGGAGAAAAGGCAAAAAGAAGUGAUCAAAGGCGAUCCUGCAAUUAGGAAGCUGAGUCGCAAGGAAAGAAGGAAGGCUUCUCAGAUAGAGAGGGAGAGAGAAAGAGAAGCUGCACGUGUAACUGGAAGUAGGGUGCUCCACCAUGACCCAUACCGUGAAACUAGACGAAGUCCAACAUAUGAAGCUUACCCUCGCUCAAGAAGAUCAAGAUCGCGAUCAUAUUCACCAUCAUACUCACGGAGAUAUCCUCGCGGACGACAUUCUGAUGAUGCUCAUCGAAGCAAACCAACAACUGCUAAAAUAGAAUAUAUUACUGAAUUCGGGGGAUCCGGGAACAAGGAUGGCUCUAAGCGUGAAGGGUUCUCUCCACCGUCAUCUCCUCCCUCACAGACCGAUAUGUUAAACCGGCCUUCAACUGGUCUCAUACUCGAGGCUCUGCAUGUUGAUCCUGCAUCUGGUGCAUCCCCUGAGAAGGAUAAAGGCACUAAAGUGGUGAAACCACCAGCAAGCACAUCUUCGGCUAUAGCUAAGUUAACUAAGGGAAGUACUUCUGUUGGGCCAUUGAAGCCGCAACCAGUGGAGAAGAAAGAAACUCCUCAAGAACGACUUAAAAGGAUUAUGAGUAAGCAGCUGAACAAACAGAUUAAGAAAGAUACAGCUGCUGAAAUAGCUAAAAAGCGAGAGCAGGAGCGUCAGAGGCUGGAAAAACUUGCAGAAACAAGCCGAUUAAGUCGAUCUAGGCGUCGUAGUCGCAGUAGGAGCUACAGCCGCUCUCCUCCAAGAUGUGUUAAUGGCAGAAGACACCGACGUAGUAGAAGUCCGAGCAGAAGCAAGAGUUCGCGAAGGCGUUAUUCCCGUUCCCGGUCUCGGUCUCGUUCUCGUUCUCAAUCUCGCUCCCCCUCCCGAACUCGUAAUCGUUCACGAACUUAUUCCCGCUCGCCAAGGGUUAGGAGCCGUUCAAGAUAUUGAUGGAUAUAUUGAACAAGGUGAUCGGGGUACUUCAUAUACUUGUGCUCGAGUGUCUCUGUACUUGUAGUUCUAUAAGGUAUAGCACUGGUCACUACUUUGAUUCCUACUCACUACUUUGAUUCCUACGUUUGUGGUUCCAUCUGUGAGUUAUGAUAUCCGAAACUUGUUUGUAUAUGAAAUAAUGUAUUAAAUGGAUGAUAUGGUUUAUGUUUGUUCUAUGAGGCUAUUCACAUUACCUGUUUGAAGUUCUUCCUUAAUAUAAAGGCACGAACCAAAUGUUUGGUCUC